ACAGUGUGAUCCAUCCUGAUCAUAGCCGUGGACUAAUGGUUUGGAUCAGGGUUUAGAUCAGAGGGCUGCCGGUUCAAAUCCCAGCCUUCCAUUCCAUAUUUCCCUCCAUGGCUGAGGUGCCCUUCACCCAACCAACCACACACUGCUGGGACUGCAACCAAUACCCUGUACUUAACACAACUAUAAAUUGCUUUGGAUUAACGGCGUUAGCUAAGUGGAAUGUAAUGUUAAGUAUCGGCAUCAGUUUCAGACAUUUGCAAAUGAAAGGAAUUGAUAGAUUCCCAUGCUGAUGAGAAAACAUCUGAUGAAUUAACACAGGGGCAUUUUCCGUGGUCUUUCAAUGUAAAGGAUAAAGGCACAUCAAUAAAAAAAAACAUUCUGACGUUUCCCAUAAUGCUUCAGAGAUGUUACCAGCUGACAGCGACGUUCUGGAGAAGGAGCGCAGUAGUUGGACCUCAGAAAAAAAAGUGUUCAGACCAUUCAGCUGUUUUCCAACUUCAGGACAUUGUUUCGGACCCCUAUGCUCCGACAGGACAUAGGAUGGGGUCCCAUACUGCAUGGGCGGACUGGUAUUCUAACAUCAACUAGGUGAUCGCCAGUCUAAAUUGAAUUUUGGUGAUAAUGGACCAGCCAGAGAGCAGUGAAGAUGGCUUACAACCUCAAGACCUGUCCUCCUCCGCUACUUGCGCCCUGCCUAUCGUGUUCGAUCUGAGCCGCAAGGCCGACGACUGCCUGCUGAAAGCCAAUGCCGUAGACACGCUACAUGUUGUACAGCCACCUGGCUGGUUCGUGGGCACCGCUGCUCCUGGAGAUGGCGGCGGCGGCACGAGCGAUGGGGUAACCUUGUCAGAGAACCCCUGUGACCUCUCCCCCGUGCCCUGCGACCAGAUCCAGCCAGACAACGCCUUCUCAAACACCACAGUCACUCUCUCCUACGUGAGCCGCUCUCACGUCUUCCCCUCCUCCACCACCACCCUCGCCCCGCACUGUUCCCUCCUCGACGUCUCCUCCCUCAGCAAGAAGCUGUCCCAGCAUGCAUCGGGCUACGAAGCCCUGCCCCUGCCGCUGGUCUCGGAGACUGACGCCACGGCCACCGCCACGGCGACGGCUCAGCUGUGUGUCGGCGUGGACCCCCACUGUCUCCAGCCAGUCUCGGCGCCUAUCGAGGUGGGCAUGGGGGUCAGCAUGUCUCCCGACUCCUUCGACUUCAUGCUGCCAGCACAGGUGGUGCAGAACGUGGCGACGGGUGUAUGUUUCCUGAAGCACGCCACUACGGUGGACCUCCACGGCCUCCAGGACGCAGCAGCCGGUAGUGGUGGAGGUGGCGACGCGGGAGGGGCAGGGGCUGCGGUGGAGAUCCUGACGCCGCUACAACAGGGUGGCGGCCCUAUCGUCUGCAAGAUCUCGCCACCGCAGGAGAACGGCUGCUUGGCAAACGGAGACUGCGGAGCGUUGUGGGGCCCGGCGGGAGCGUGUGGGGUUGGAAUCGGAGUAGGAGUUGGUAUUGAGGCUGUCGGGGUUGGCAUUGAUGGUGUCGGGGGCUUAGGAGUUGAUGAUAGUGGCCUCACCUCGGGAGGUUUGUUCGCCAGCACAGCAGAGGUGGUGCAGGGUGUAGUGGAUCAGGACCCAGAUCUGCUCUUCCUGAUCUCUAGGACCGAUCAGCCGCUCUUAGCAGCUCACGACAUCAGGACUUCUAGAAGCAUCUGCAGCGUCCUCGAGAGGGAGUACGUUAGCCCGCUGGAGGACCCCGUGUCGCCCCCGGCUACGCUGCAGGACGAGAUCGAGGACGUCUUUGUGUUGCCGCAGACUGCCGGCUCGCCGACUGGGGACCGCUUCCCUGAUGACGGCGAGGACCUUAUGGCCGCUAGAGAUGCUGACUUGGGUUUCUGUGACGCGUCAUCCCCUGCCAUGCUCGCGUGUAAUAGUGACCAAGAGUGCUUAUCAGUUGACUCAAACACUGAACUCAUAUCAGCAACAGAGUUGGACUGCCAAACCCUAGCAGCUGUCGAGGUGGGGACGACGCACCAGGCGCUUUCAGAACAGUGUCAGGAGGAGAAUCAGUCUGAAAAGGCACACAAAGCAUCAGGGAACACCAAGUCGCAUGAGUUGACUACCACCAACACGCAUCAGGUAAACGGUGACACACCAGCAAAGAAUAGAGUACCUGAGAGGAAGAUCCUUCCCCCGAGGACUGGACGGGGGAUAAGGUUAGAAGCCAUCGUUCAAAACAUAAACCCAUACAGGUGGAGAGUUAGCACGGCAAAAACAAAAUCGACAUUAAAAUCCCAGUGCUCGAAAGAAAAGGCGCCAGAGAAUAAAGACGCCAAAGUGGCUGACGACAAGGGGUUAAAUAUUAGUGAUGUCAUCCAACAGACUUUUGAAGGCACUCGAUCCCCAAAGAAAUCCCCCCGCUUGAAAGGAAAGGCUUCUGAGUUUAAAGAGGACAAGGCGGCUGACAAGAGAGUGUUGAAUAUCAGUGAUGUCGUUCCAGAGACUUAUCAUAACACUCGAUCUCUGAAAAGAUCACCCUGCUCCAAACAAAAGUUAUGUGAAAGUAAAGUUGCAGAGGUGGUGGAUGACAAGAAGGAGUUAAACAUUAGUGAUAUCGUUCCAGAGAAUUGUCACAACACUCGCUCAAAAACGAAAUCCCCCUGCUGGAAACAAAAGGUGUUUGAAAUUAAAGAUGCCACGGCGGGUGACAAGAUGGCGUUUUGUGUGAGUGACCUCACCACUCCAGACCAUUGUGGGAAGGCGCACCCGUUCAAAGAGGAGAGCAGCACCUCCACCACGAGCAGGACCUGCUUACAGACCAUCGUCUCAGAAAAGUUGGAUGACAAAGACAGUAGCAGCUAUUCGAGAGAACGAUCUACCUCAGAUUCACACAAACACACAAAAAGUCACAAAAAGGGCGCACCUGACAAAAAGAGAAACAGACAGAAUAUCAUCACAACACCAUCAACACCAACAUCAUCAUUUUCACACACCUCCUCCAAAAAGAAUAAGAAGAAAUCGGAGAAGAAAAGUCCAAGCAGAACUUUGAACUUCAAAUCCUCCAGCAGCACGCACCCGGCACCAUCGAGUCCCAACAAGUCCCCCAGAGUACCAUCGCAUCCCGGCAGCACGCACCCAGCACCAUCCACCCCCAGUAAAUCCCCCCAAGUACCCCAGAACCCAACCCCAACGGUCAGCUCCAAGUCACCCUCCCCGCUCAAAAAAUCGCACAAGAAGAGCAGCGAAAGCCCCAAGAAGAAGCACCGGCCUGAAACCAUUUUCACACCGAGCGAAAAGCCAAAAUCCCGCGUCACACAGAGCAAAACAAGCUCAUCGCCUGCAGCUUCCACUACCAUCCAGACCACCACCACCACCACGGUCGCCUCCAAGAAGGCUCCCACGACCAAAACGAAAAAGAAACACAAAGUAGCCGCGGGCCACCCCAAGUCCAGCAUGUUCUCCCCCAAGGAGCCCGAGAUCAAGCUGAAGUACGUCAACUACAGGGAGGAGAAGCGGGACUCGGGGCGAGCAGACCCCACCUUCUCGCCGUUUGUACACGUCGAGGUCAAAGGUCACACCACCUGCACCGUUAUCAACUACCCCGAGGAGGACACUGUGUCAGGAAGAAAACGCAAUCAUCAUCAUCCUCAUCAGCAGCAGCAGUCGAGUUCGAGCUACAUCACGGGCGCGGUGCCGUCCUCUCCCAGUCUGACGUACGGCCGGGUGUCCAUGGCCGCUGCACGGCGGGCCGCUCUGGUUUGCUGCCUGUGUGGCCGCUCGGCUAACACGCUGGACCUGGGGGACCUACACGGCCCCUACUACGCAGAGGGCUACAAAGCAGACAGAAAGGCCGCUGCCGGAGGCAGCCGUAGCAGCAGCGGUGGUUGUAGGAAUGGAGACCCCGAGCUGGGAGGAGGUGAUGUUGGGGUCGGGAUGGAGGAGGAGGACGUCAGUGACUCCGAUUCCUCGUUUGGGACACGGAAUCGCAAGUUUCCCUCCUCCGGUGACACCCCAGGCAGCUGGUCUCGCCGCGCCUGGCAGUGGAGGCCCUCGGACCAGCCGGGCGGCAGCAGCCUGGUGGCCCACGCUGGUGGCUGCUGGGCCGUCGGUGAUGACGACAGCGGGAGCGGCAUCAGCGGGAUCGAGCCGCUGCACAGCCCGAUGGCCCAGCACUACAGUCCUGCAGCCAAGAGGGCGAGGAUGGACACCAGUAGCUGCAGCAUGGAGAGCUGGCUGAUGGCGCCGGUACUGCCGCUGGAUGCCCACGAGUACUGGCUGCACGAGGACUGUGGCAUCUGGUCCGCAGGGGUCUUCCUGGUCAAGGGCAAGCUAUACGGCCUGGAGAGAGCUGUCAAGAUGGCACAGGAGUCGGUGUGUUCCACGUGCCACAAACUGGGAGCCACACUGGGCUGCUUCUUCAGAGAAUGCUCUAACAAAUAUCACUACAUCUGCGCAAUACAGUCCCACUGUGUACUCAAUGAAGAAAACUUCUCAAUGAAAUGCACCAAGCACAAGAAUAAGUCCAUCAAAGGCUCGACAAAUAGAAAGACUGCGAGAUGACACAGGCCAGAACUCAGCACCUGGAUAAGAUGAACUCCUACCUCUGCACCUGGUUGGUAGUGCUGCGAGUGGCCUGAUCUCACUGACCUGAAACGCGGAUGCGAGCAGAGUCUUUGCCCACUAAAGCAGCUGAAGGCGAACUACAGAAGGCUCUCACACCCUCAGCCCUUAAUGCACCACGUCACUCGUGAAGUCACAACACCAGGUCCAUGGUUCACACACACCCAAACCACAGAACAGAUCACAGGGGGUGUUUUCGAGGCGUUAAUCAAGGCCACAUGCAUCAUGGCAUCUGCUGUGGGGACUACAGGUGUGGAAUGGAAGAGGAGACAACGCAACAUAAUACCAAGGGGCCCAAAACAGGACAGAGGAAUGACAUUGUCACAGAGUAAUGUUUUUAAUAUAUUAUUAUCUAUAUAAUAUUUGUUUUAUCCUAAGUGAAUAUUAGUUUCUCCUAAGUGAAUAUUAUUACAGACAUUGUUAUUGUUAUUAUUGCAUUUUUUGUACAGAAUGACUGAUCUUAUUUAUAUUUCGUUUCCGUACAAGAAAUGUAUUUCAGUCACUUUUUCUUCUUUGAAAGCAAUGUUUGUUAGGGAUAUGUUGUGCGUGUUAAUUUAAUGAAUGGCAGGAACAGCGAAUCUCAUCUGUGUUUGAUGAGUCACUUGGUUCUUGACAGCCCCCCCCCCAAACGAGGCAAGCGCUGGCCGUGAGACGUGACACCACUAUCUGGGGGUCUCAGCAGCUGUCAUGGAGGUUUCUGUUAAUCUCACAUCUCCAAACGCCAUGAUUUUGUUUGUCCAAAAGGAGAAAAAAAGACGAAAAUGAUAAUUGGAAGAAGUAAUGAUUUAAAAUAUAAAUGUUAUUUUGUUGAUUGAGAACUGAGAGCUCAGAUUGGGUUAAGUGGGAUGUGUAAUGAAUUGAAGGCAUAAGCUUACAUUUUCUGGAUUGAUGCCAAAUCCAUAUUACAGCCAGCUCCCAUCUGAGACUAUACGGUAACACUUUUCCUAACGCCAGCGUCUUAUGUAUGACAUAAGUGUGUUACAACACUGUUAUGACAGUUAUACGUAUGUAAUAAACAUGUCAAUGUCAUGAACAUUUUAUGCCAUUGUCAUUAAAUGACAAUUGGUUAUGGUAUAGACAGCCCUUAUAAUGUCAAGUUUUCAUGACCAUAAAACGAUUUUAUGCCAUUGACAUCAUGUUUAUGACUUGUCCAUGACUGUCUUAUUACACUGCUUUGGCACUGUUGCGUCAUACGUAUGACCUGUUACCUAGUAUUCUCCUAAAUUAUCCCAAGAGUGACUUCGACUAUCAGACCUAAGUGUACUGACUAUCAUUUAAACAAAAAAUAAUAAUAAUUUAUAAUCCCGUUCUCUUUUGUUCAAAGUGAAGCAUGAGGGAACUACUUGCUGUGCCUGUGUUUUUUUUUUUUAAAACAAAAAAACAAAUUGUCAUUCAUUGAAUGUAUCUUAUCUGAAUAUUCUUUUCAAAAGGAGAAUUUCAGAGAGCACUUUGGCACUUAAUUUUAUCCAUGUGUUAGUCAUGUUUUCUUUUUGUUAUUUAAUGACAAAAACAGUAUUGUCCCCUUGGCCCUUAUAUCCCCGAAAUAGCACUCUUAUCUGAAUUGAAUCUACUUCUAGACAGAAAAGGACUUUUCCCCUUUUUACUUUGUAAAAUGGAAGAGUGGCAAUCGAGUCGCUCCAUAGCGAGUAUAAAUAGUACUCUCAUGCUUAGUCACUUGACUGGCACAGUAAAGCACAUAGUGUGCAGCUCUUCAUCCUCCUCAGAUUAAGAGUUGCAUUGUUACCUUCUGUGCAGGCAAGCAAAAGAGGGAAUAUUGCAUUUAAGUUUACACAGAGAAAAAUGGGUGCACACAGGCAGGCAACACUUCUUUUGAAGUGGUAUAGUCUUCAAAUUCAGCUGCUUUUGGGUUGAACUUCACUGGGGUGACUCGUGGUAUGGUCUGUAUGCUGACACUUGGAUAAUAUUUUCCAAAAAUGUGUUGAUUUUUUUCAGAUCAGUAAGCAGCCACUUGCCCGUUAGACCUUUUUAAAGACGUCCAGUCAGACCUUAUUAGAUGCAUCCACUGUUUGGCCUUUUUAAAACAUAGUUCAAAGUGACCAGAAUUGGCUGUCACACUGUUGUCGUCUUCACCCUUAUUGCUGAAAAAGGUGCCGGUCUGAAAAACAACUUGGAAACGUAACAGCAAACGUGGUGCAAUGCAUGGGAUCAUUUCUCAUGUUGGUUUGACUUGACAAGGUCAUAUGUUUGUUGUAUCACAUUCAUUAAGUAUUGUUUGGUUUUACCAACAAGAGAUCCAUGUAUUAUUUCACCCCUUAACUAGUUUUCUUUCUUUGUAAAGGGUUAUUCAACUUUUUUAUAGUGUUGGCUGUCGAAACACGACUGCCCUCAGGCACCUUUGGUUUAGGAAUACUGGUGCCUCCAUCAAGAAUUUCACAUACUCGCCAACUGUCAAUACUUUUAAAAAGUUUCUGGUACGAGGUUCAUGUUGUCUUUUUUGUUGUUUGUUUUGGGUGUGUGUCAGUCCCUUUUUUCCUAUGUUGUUUUCACCUGGGGGGUAUAUUAAGAACAUUGUUAGGUGAUAAAGCAGGCUUAAUUAAUCUACAGGAAGUGGCAAACCUGCUAAUAGAUAUACCAGACAUAAUUUAAAAAUAGAGACGCAGGCUCUUCUGUUAGAUGAUUUACCUCUACCUCAAGGUUAAUUUAGCCUGGUUUACUACUGAACCAGAGUCUUGGAAUACCCCCCUGACUUAAUCCGUUUGCUCUUCACAACCCCUCUGUGGCGCCCCACAUAAAACAACUAAAAACAUGCACUCGUACAGAUAGCUUAACACUAGAUAUGAUGUUUGAUAAGAAUCACCAGCUUCUAUCUUUCUAAUCUGUGAGUUUUGGGCAGGGCUGUUAUAAGCAGUCUCUGUAUUCUGUGAAACAGUGUUAAUACUGACGCACGCUGACCCUUUACUCUUGACCACCUCUUCAAAACCGGCCAUAUAAUGGCUUUGUUAUCCCUUUCAAUAAAUAUAAUAUAUAUGCAGUUGUUUAUUACACACAUUAAAGCAACACCUUUUUCAAGUGCACAAGUAAAAAAAAAAAAAACCCACACAAACAAACUGGGAGAUGCCUGCUGCUUUUUUGCUAACACGGCGGGAAUUUGACAUUUCUACUGGACAUUUGUAAUGUUUAAUCUCCUGACAGGAACUCAGAUGGCCAACUACUUUACCAGCCCUGUGGCAGACAAAUCAGACUCUGUACAUAAGCCUUUGGUGUUCUUUGGAUGGAUAACAGGAGGCUUGCAUGCACUUUUUUGUGAAAAGAGAUUAGUUUGACUAAGUGCAGCCUUGACUUGUGGGGUGGGUGGGUGGUUGGGGAUGGUAGGGGAGGGUGGUUAAUUGUGGGGACUUUGUGGGAUGUUGGGGUUUGUUCAUCUUAAGGGAAUUGCAUUGUGGGAUAUUGGGGUACUUUGUGCAUCUAAAGGGAAGUGCAUUGUUAGGUGAGGUCCAUGUCAUGCCAGUGAUGUCAGUCUUCUCCAAACGUGUCCCAUUGUAUUGCCUCGGCAGCACUAUGAACUCUGUGUGUAUGCUGUGUAUACCCAACACGAUUUAUUUGUGUAUUUGUGUGAUCUAACAGACAACGUAGCUACGAUGAAAAUGACAUGUCCUGACAUUUUGUGCCAAUGACAGCCACUGUUCUGGUCUGACAUAAAGAAGCAGACGCUUUAUGUUAGCUGUAGGCUGUUCUAUGCAGGUGGUAGCAUCUGCAGACCAUUAUUUCAUCAGACGUAUUGUUUUUAUUUUGGCCCUACUUUGUGAAGUGUAUAUCUCUUGACGACGUUCUAAUUUUACUGCACAAAGGCAGUGUGCCAUAAUGGUGUUUCAUCUUUUUUUUACUUUUCUGAAAAUGUGUUUGUUCUUCAUCUUUAAGACUUUUGCAAGUAUGUUACAUCACAUAUUGAUGCGCUUGCUUUUAUAGUUGUUUGCCAAAGUCAGCCACAUGAAAAUUUCUGUCACCUUCAACUUAAAAGAACCAAAUGUUUUGUUUUUGGUUGCUAUUAUUGUUUUUGGUUGUUUGUUUUGUGUCAUGUGCUGUCUCCGUGUCUUAUUUUGUCCAAAUCUUAAAAACUCAGGGUUGAGCCUCAGUCUCUGAUGUGGAUGCUCUACUUUUUUUCUCCCCAAACCGGACUGGAAAAAAUAAAAUAGUACCGCUUAAUUGGUCUAAGGAAGAAAACCAUAACACAAAAUAAACUGCUUAGUGUUGAGUCAA